CGUGAAAGACUGCCCGGCGCAUGCGGUCGGGCUAGUGCACUGGCUGCCGGGGCCUCGGCGUGAGCGUCGCCCUCUUAGCUCUUUAGCCGACGGCAGGAUUUAAAGCCGGCCUCAGGUAGGCUGACUCCAGGGAUCCCGCGGGAGCUGUUCUCCCGUGCAGGAGUCGGAGGCAGGAGCAGAGCCCGGCGCGGGACAGCCCCACCGCCGGUGACAGACACAGCUCCCACCAAUCAGGGGUCAACAACUAAAAUGAAGUACAUUCUAGUUACUGGUGGUGUCAUAUCAGGAAUUGGAAAAGGAAUCAUCGCCAGCAGUGUGGGCACAAUACUCAAGUCAUGUGGUUUACAUGUAACCUCCAUUAAAAUUGACCCGUAUAUUAACAUUGAUGCAGGAACAUUCUCUCCUUAUGAGCAUGGUGAGGUUUUUGUGCUGGAUGAUGGUGGGGAAGUAGACCUUGACCUGGGUAACUAUGAACGUUUCCUUGACAUCCGCCUCACCAAGGACAAUAAUCUGACCACUGGAAAGAUCUAUCAGUACGUCAUUAACAAGGAACGCAAAGGAGAUUACUUGGGGAAAACUGUCCAAGUCGUCCCGCACAUCACAGAUGCAAUCCAGGAGUGGGUAAUGAGACAGGCGUUAAUACCCGUGGAUGAAGAUGGCCUGGAGCCUCAAGUGUGUGUUAUUGAGCUUGGUGGGACAGUAGGAGAUAUAGAAAGCAUGCCCUUUAUUGAGGCCUUCCGUCAAUUCCAGUUCAAGGUCAAAAGAGAGAACUUCUGUAACAUUCAUGUCAGUCUAGUUCCUCAGCCAAGUUCAACAGGGGAACAGAAGACUAAACCCACCCAGAACAGUGUUCGGGAACUCAGAGGGCUUGGGCUUUCCCCAGAUCUGGUUGUGUGCAGGUGCUCAAAUCCUCUUGACACAUCAGUGAAAGAGAAAAUAUCAAUGUUCUGCCAUGUGGAACCUGAACAAGUGAUCUGUGUCCACGAUGUCUCGUCCAUCUACCGAGUCCCCUUGUUGUUAGAAGAGCAGGGGGUUGUAGAUUAUUUUCUCCGGAGACUUGACCUUCCUAUUGAGAGGCAGCCGCGGAAAAUGCUAAUGAAGUGGAAAGAGAUGGCUGACAGAUAUGAUCGCCUGCUGGAGACCUGCUCUAUUGCCCUCGUGGGCAAAUACACCAAGUUCUCAGACUCGUACGCCUCUGUCAUUAAAGCUCUGGAGCAUUCUGCACUGGCCAUAAACCACAAAUUGGAAAUCAAGUACAUAGAUUCCACGGACUUGGAGCCGAGCACCUUGCAGGAGGAGCCCGUGCGCUACCAUGAGGCCUGGCAGAAGCUAUGCAGUGCUCAUGGCGUGCUGGUUCCGGGAGGAUUUGGUGUCCGAGGGACUGAAGGAAAAAUCCAAGCGAUCUCCUGGGCUCGGAAACAGAAGAAGCCUUUUUUGGGCGUGUGCUUAGGAAUGCAGUUGGCAGUGGUUGAAUUUUCAAGAAAUGUGCUGGGAUGGCAAGGGAACCGCCAACCACCGGAGGAGGGAACACGGCUGAGCAAGUCGCCUGGCUCCGCCCCUGCACCUGCUGCUCUGGAGAGGCCCGCACUCCUGUCAUCACGGCCACCGUCCCUGAGCUGGUGUCCGGCGAGAAAACUAACUCUGGCUGGUGUGAGGCUGUGUGGUUAUUAUGAACUUGGGCGCUGGAGCUGGUCGGACCUGGGCUCAGAUUUUGACUUUAUCACUCAGGAUGGGUGAUUUUAGGCAAAUUACUUACUUAGUCUUUCUGGACCUCUGUUUCUUCUGUAAGAUGGGGGUCAUAGUGGUACCUGCUUCGCAUGGUUGUAGGAGUUGAAUGAAAUAAUGCCUAUAAAUAGUCCCAGCACAGUGCCUGGCACUUGGGGAAUACUCACUAAUAUUGGCCCCAUGCCUCACGGAUUAUACUACUGCGUCCAGACUGAGAACUCAGUGGUUUCCUAUUUCUCAGCACUCUGUGGGUUGAGCGGACUGGCUGUGUGGUUUUCUGCUCCACAUGGUGUGUCUGAGUUCCUCCUGUCCAGCGGGGACAGGGGUUCGGUCUCAUCGUUCACUAAUUCAGCUGAGCUUUCUCACAGCGUGGCGACUGCCUGGCUCCUGAAAUGACAGGCUUGCUGUGCAGGCUCUUACUGAGCUUGCUCGUGUCCCACGGCCGAGCCCAGCCAGUGGGGCAGCGGGCCAUACACGGCGUGAGCCCUGGGGUACAGUGGCCCCAUCGGGGCCGCCAAGGGCAGGGCCUGCUGCAGGACCCUUAUGAGCUCUAAGAAAACUCAGCGGAGCAACCCGAGGAAUAGAAAGACCGCCCAACUUUACCAGUAUGGUUCCCUGUGCCCAGCUGACCGUUAGGGCUGGGUUCGCGUCACAGUUUUCACAGUAACCCCAAGGGGGGACGGUGGCUCAGUUCUGUAGGCAUCAUGCUCCCUGGUGCUGGCUUCUGAGCUCCUGGCAGGCACUGUCCUACCACCCGCCACCCUAGAGGUGGCCCUCGGGCACCCUGGACCCCUUCACAGCCAUGAUCUCCUGCUGCUCCACCCACUGGGGUCCCCGGGUGGAUGAGUGACCUGGUGAUGAGCUGACUCUCAUCUGAGGCCUGGCCCUCGUGUAGGCCCCAGAGGGGAACGAUGUCUCGCGUGUCGCACGGAAAGAGCAAGCAGACUCGCAGUGCCAGGGACUUGGUUCUUUCCCUUUUAGUCUUCAGGGGUUUCCCUUACGGUUAGUCGGUAAAUUCAGUAAAGGAUAGAAAGGUUAAUUUUUGAUUUAGCUCUUGAGUGGGGCAGUUGGGUAGUGCAGUGUAUAAGAUGCUGAGGAUGAAAGAAAUGAAGAAACGGUAUUUGCCCAUUGAGGAGAGAUAUAGUCUGAGACAAAAAGUGAAAAAAUUGAGACAACAAUAUAAGAGCCGUCAAAAGGAUGCGCUAUCUAAGUAAGGAUUAUUAGGUUAUGCCAUCGGUUUUGAUUUUCUGAUUUCCCCAUUUUGUACAGCUUCACUUCCCAGAGAGUUACAGGUUUAAUGGGAAAAAAUUCACCUAUGUUUGUGUGUUGAGUAUCUUACAUCUUAAAAAUGUUAUCCCUGGUUUUGGUUCUGACCACUGAAUAACUUUAAACUGAGGAGGGAAAUUGUGAUUUAGAGCUUAGGAAUGAAACUUUUAAAAAAUCAGUUUUGUUGUAACUAUUUUUAUAACAAAGGUAUUUUGGUU